UAGUCGCUAUGACCCCGUGACCCGGAAACUGCUUUCAUUAGAGACGAUUUCAUUCAACUUCAAAACGUAGUGAAACAUUUCUUGAAACGACAAAACGAUUCAAGAUAGGGUGAGACUUUACAUCUGAAAUGUUUUACCAUAUUUCUUUGGAGCAUGAAAUCUUACUACAUCCGAGGUAUUUUGGUCCUAAUCUCCUCAACACCGUGAAGCAAAAGCUCUUCACAGAAGUGGAGGGCACAUGUACCGGCAAGUAUGGCUUUGUCAUUGCUGUCACCACCAUUGACAACAUCGGAGCGGGUGUAAUCCAGCCGGGCAGAGGCUUUGUCCUGUAUCCAGUCAAGUACAAGGCCAUUGUGUUCCGGCCGUUCAAGGGGGAGGUUGUGGACGCUGUGGUCACACAGGUUAACAAGGUUGGAUUGUUCACAGAAAUCGGUCCCAUGUCUUGCUUCAUCUCUCGUCAUUCUAUACCUUCUGAAAUGGAGUUUGACCCAAACUCAAAUCCACCAUGCUAUAAGACAGUUGAUGAGGACAUCGUGAUCCAGCAAGAUGACGAGAUCAGGCUAAAGAUUGUGGGUACAAGAGUGGAUAAGAAUGACAUUUUUGCCAUCGGCUCUCUCAUGGAUGAUUACCUUGGUCUUGUGAGCUGAUUUGGCCUCGUGGAAGCCCAUUUCUAAGGGGACAUUUUAUUAAGCAGUUUAGUUAUUUCUAUGUUAAAAUAAAUAUUUUUCUAUGAUGAUUAACAUUGUGUGGUGAAAGGUAGUGACGAGCCUUUGAUAUUAUUUUUUUUUAAUUAAUCAUUGCAGCUUACAUUAGUUUUAAUCAAAGGAAAUUUAAAGAUUUCACUAAAUUUCAAGGAGGAAUUUGUUGUACAGUUUAGCAGAGUUUGGGAGUUAGUUUGCUUUCAUAUACAAUUAACUUGCAUCUUAAUGGCACAUUUGUUUUUUGUACAUGGAUUGGAAUAAAUAAUUUUAUUUGUUCUUACUGUA